AUGAAGAGAAGCACCCUCCUCAUCCUCUCCAUCACAGGGGUCUACAGUGCCAUUUUCCACUCAGCAGCAUGGUCUGUGAAUAACUUUCUGAUGACAGGACCUAAGGCGUACCUGACGUUCUCCAGCAGCGUGGCGGCCGGGGCACACAGCGGGAUGGAGGAGUGCAAGUUCCAGUUCGGCUGGGAGCGCUGGAACUGCCCCGAGAGCGCCCUGCAGCUCUCCACCCACAACCGGCUGCGCAGCGCUACCCGGGAAACCUCCUUUGUGCACGCCAUCAGCUCGGCCGGGGUCAUGUACACCCUGACCAGGAACUGCAGCCUGGGAGACUUCGACAGCUGCGGCUGCGACGACUCCAGGAACGGCCGCGUGGGUGGCCGAGGCUGGGUCUGGGGAGGAUGCAGUGACAAUGUGGAGUUUGGGGAGAAGGUUUCCAAGCUCUUUGUGGAUGCCUUGGAAACGGGACACGACACCCCGCUGAUUAACCUGCACAACAAUGAGGUUGGGAGACUUGCAGUGAAAGACACAAUGAAGAGAGCCUGCAAGUGCCACGGGGUGUCGGGCAGCUGCAGCAUCCAGACCUGCUGGCUGCAGCUGGCCGAGUUCCGCGAGGUGGGCAACUUGCUGAAGCUCAAGUACGACCAAGCGCAGAAGCUGGAGAUGGACAAGAGGCGCCUGAGAGCCGGCAACAGCGCCGAGAGCCGCGGGGCCACGGCCGAGACCUUCCAGCACAUCCACGCCACCGAGCUCGUCUUCCUGGAGGUCCCCGACUACUGCACGAGAAACGCCAGCCUGGGCCACCAGGGCACCGAGGGCCGCGAGUGCCUGCAGAGCGGCAGGAACCUGUCGCAGUGGGAGAAGCGGAGCUGCCGGCGGCUCUGCACCGAGUGCGGGCUGCGCGUGGAGGAGCGCAGGACCGAGGUGGUCUCCAGCUGCAACUGCCGGUUCCAGUGGUGCUGCACCGUGCGCUGCGAGCAGUGCCGGACGCUGGUGGCCAAGCACUUCUGCACCCGCCGCGACUCCGCCGUGCCCAACCACAGCAGGCAGAGGAGCAGGGCCCACAGCAGAUAG